GAGAGAGACAGAGAGAGAGAGUCGAAAUCACUUCGUAGGGGAAUAAUAAUAACGUGACACAAACCGGCAACAAGGACAUCAAUUUGAGCUGUGCGUCAGGUUUAACGUGCGCCCUUUCUCCGGUCCAACUUUGUCCAAGUCGGUGGAAGCCCGGCGAGUCAGUCUGCGCUCCCGAGGCGGCGUGACAAGUUUGGAAAGAGGGGGGAAAAAAGAGACUCGCAUCACUAUUUUUAAAUGUGAGAUUUAGGGGGCGUGGACGGCAGAGGAGCAGCGCGGAGCAUGUUGGCUCCUGGCUGCAGUUCCAGUGUGGUGAUGUGCCGGCUGGAGGAGGAACCCGACUACGCGUAGACUGAGCGAUCGGACGCGGAACUGUAUUGUGUCUGUCAAACCUCUGGAACCCGAAUUUCUGUCAUUUUCAAAGCCCAUUUGGAUUUGUUACUUCAAUGCGCCGCCGUUGGGCGUUACGGGAGAUUUUCAGGAGGGAUAAUAAUCCGUGAAAACGUUUUGAAAGACGCAGCAGACGGCGUGCGUAACUGACGAAAUCUCGUCAAACAGCAAUUUGAAUGACAAUAGUUUGAGGGCAACUGCGCUCUUUAUUUGUCAAAGGCAUCAUUUUUGAAACCGACUGCGCGUGGUGAGUCAACGUGGGGGAGUAAAUUUGAUGUUUUCAAAUGACAUUAUGGAUUUGUCAAGUGAAACUGAAGUGAUUUUCAUUUGUAAAUAUUGACAGGUGUAGAAGUCAUUGUGACCGUGCUAGGAUCAGCAUUUCAUUCACUUAAAGCUCUCUCUUUAUGGCUUAAAACAACGCGGACUCUAGAGGAUGGGAUGGUAACCAAACCAUCGGUAUGGAUGAUCCAAACAUUGUGUAAUCCAGUUUUAUUUACUUUCCAAACACUAAGUGAAAGCGCACGUUUGAUUACCGAUCUUAUAAUGCGUUUGAAACGUUGACUGGGAAAGUCACCAUCACUUGUGCGUCUUUUACCGAGUUGUAGCCGAUAAGGCAACAGCCAAAAUGACAAGCAACGGACCUGUCAUCGUCUACGAGUGGCUAAAGACCCUCCAGCUUGCUCAGUAUGUUGAGUCCUUUGUGGAUAAUGGGUACGACGAUCUGGAGGUUUGCAAACAGAUCGGAGACCCGGACCUGGAUGCUAUCGGCGUGUAUAUCCCUCACCACCGGCAGAGGAUCCACGACGCGGUCAGGAGGCUGAAAGAGGACGCCCAGGAGACGGCCAGUGGACUCUACUUCACCCUGGAGCCCAUGCCACCUGCGGCUGAGAUUUACACCAGCCACAUGGUGGACCAGUACGAGUCCAGACUGCGGGGAUCCAAGUCCUGGACCGAGCCCAACAGUGACCGUGUGGGGCGUAAUGGUGGGUACUUGGGCGCGCAGAGGAACCUGACGCUGGGCAACAGGAGGGAGCUGGUGGUUUAUCCCAAGCUGAAGCUGAAGAUCAUGAUCAGGGAUAAGCUCAUCAGAGAUGGCAUCAACCUGGCCAAGCCUCCAUACUCUAAUAAGGAUGGUUCUCUGGGCAACAUAGAUGACCUUGCCCAGGAGUAUUCUGAGUACUACAACACCUGCUUCAGCGACGUCAACGACCGCAUGGAGGAGCUGCGCAAAAGACGAGUCUCCCAAGAGCUAGAUAUGGAGAAACAGGACCCAAGCAGCACAUCUCUGCAGCUUCGUUCAGAGAUACAGGAGUCUUUAGGCUUCAGCAGCGAGGUGUCCACUCCAGAGACAGACAGAAAAAUGCCUCUGCACAAAUCCAGCUCUGAAGAUGGCUCUGGAGGUAAAUGGGACAAUAAGAAGAAGAACAAAUCCUUUUGGCAGAACUUCCGCAAGUCUCAGCACAAACCAGUUAUGCGGCAAACAUCCAAAGGAGAAGACAUUGGCUAUGUGGCCAGUGAGAUCACCAUGAGUGAUGAAGAGCGAAUUCAGCUAAUGAUGAUGGUUAAAGAGAAGAUGAUCACAGUGGAAGAAGCUCUAGCUCGGCUGAAGGAGUAUGAGCGCAGCAGACAGUCCAGCAGUACUGAAACUGCAGAGUGGACUGAUGGAUCUGUGGCCAAUCUUAACCAGUCCUCAAACUGCAACUCUCGUGAGCAGUCAGACGAUGAGCAAUCAGAGGAUUCGGUGAAGUUCAAGCGGCUCCACAAGCUGGUUAACUCGACCCGUCGGGUCAGGAAAAAACUCAUCAAGGUGGAGGAGGGCAAGAAACAUGGCUCUGAAGAUUUUCUGAAUUUGGAGUCACCCCCCACCUGUGAGGACAACACAGCUUUGUACACUGGGGUCCUAAAAAAGCCCCCUCUGCCCCAGGAGAUCUCCCUGCCAUCCCUCACCCAGGACCAGCUCUCUCUGGAUGGGGACACAGACAGCCUGACCAACUCCCCUUCCUCCAGUAGCCUGGACACCUGGUCUGGACACAAGCUGGUCAAAACCUUUAGUAAGUCUUCCAGCACCCACGGCCUCAUCCGCCCGCCCAAAAGAACCCCGGUCAGCUCGGCGGGUUUGGGAGGCUCCGUCUCCGGCGUGGGAGGGAGUGGCUCUUCUUUCUCGGAGCUGGAUGGCUGUGGAUUGGACGAGGAGGGAAAGCUGUCCCGCUCCACGACAGACAGCGAGAUGCGGAAGGCCCUAAGCUCAAUCUCCCAUGGGGUAAGUAACAACGAGGCUCUCUAUGCCUACUAUGGCCUCACAAAACCCCGCCCUAAACCCCACUCACAGUCCCGCCUCCUGAUCUCGCUGGAUGACACUCCACCGGGCAGCCCAAAACACCAACCUGCCAACAGGCACCACGGCAGCUGGACACACCGGAAACCUGACCCUAACUACGCCUACUCCACUAAGCAUCUACAGUACCAACGCUCGCGCAAUGCCAAGACCCCUGUUUCCCCUUUGUCUGUCACUCCUUCCUCCCCUGCUCGCUGUGACAUAGCCAAAUCAAAAGGUUUUGGCAGCGGCGGAGGGGGAUGGGUGUUCCCCUCGCGCAGGCUGCGUGGUCGAACGGCAGUCAGCGAGCUGAACAUCACCUAUGUGGUAGAACGGAGCCUAUACGGUCACCUCAACUGGGCACAGCUGGUCCGCCCAGUUACCCUAAGCCGCGCAGAGCGCCGCUGUCUAUUGGAGGAGGACCGAGAGGCAGACAGGAAGUGGGCGGCCAGUGUGGACCGCUGCACCAAACGUGUGCUCUUGCGCAUCCAGCAGAAGUCUAGAACGUGCAGCUUCGGGGGCUUUGACCUGUCCAACCGAUCGCUCCAUGUUGUCAACACAAGCUCAGAGGGCAACAAUAAAGACCAGGAGGCCAUAUACAGAGAAGUGGUCAAGUCCCCUACCACGUCUCGGAUCUCACUGGGCAAGAAGGUCAAGUCGGUCAAGGAGACGAUGAGGAAACGCAUGUCGAAGAAAUACAGCAGCUCCUUGUCUGAGCAGUCGAGUCCAGAUGGAACUCCUGGCUCCCCUCAGUCCCCGCAGCCCGACACCGACUCUCUGGAGAAGCCGAAGCUGAAGGCCGGAGGCUCGGUGGAAAGUCUGCGGAGUUCACUCAGCGGACAGAGUUCAAUGAGUGGUCAGACGGUGAGCACCACAGAUUCGUCAGCCAGUAACAGAGAGAGUGUGAAGUCGGAGGAUGGCGAUGACGAAGAGCCUCCAUACAGAGGACCCUUCUGUGGCCGCGCUCGAGUCCAUACAGACUUCACACCGAGCCCGUACGACUCCGACUCCCUCAAACUGAAGCGUGGAGAUGUGAUUGACAUAAUAAGCAAGCCGCCCAUGGGAACCUGGAUGGGCCUACUGAACAACAAAGUGGGCACCUUUAAGUUCAUCUAUGUGGACGUGCUGAGUGAAGAAGAGGAGAAGCCGAAAAGGCCUGUGAGGAGGAGGAGGAAGGGCCGACCCCCCAAACCCAAAUCAGUGGAGGACCUGCUGGAGCGCAUUAACCUCAAGGAGCACAUGCCCACUUUCCUGUUCAACGGCUACGAGGACCUGGACACAUUCAAGCUGCUGGAAGAGGAGGACCUGGACGAGCUGAACAUCAGAGACCCUCAGCACCGAGCUGUGCUGCUCACCGCCGUCGAGCUGCUGCAGGAGUACGACAGCAGCAGUGAUCCGGAGCGCAGCGGCCUGUCGGGCUCCCAGGAGAAGCUGCUGUCGGAAGGGCGGGGCUUGGUGGGAGACUCCCCGAGAGACUCCGGCUGCUACGAGAGCAAUGAAAACCUGGAGAAUGGCAAGAGCAAAAAGACCUCCCGAUCCAGUCGUUCCUCAGCAGGUCUCCAGUCUCCGGACUACCCCACCCUGCCCAUGACUCUUUCAACAGAGGCGUUGCAGCAGAACGGCAAGAACCAGCGCACCAAGUUCUCAAAAAGCUUCUUCAUCAAACCCUCCCUGAAGGGCUUCAACCUGCUGGGGCUGCGUAAAGCACAAAGACGGUCCCCCAUCCCGGCCAGCCGCAGCUGUGAGGACCUGGAUGUUCCUCUGCAGUCUGCUGGACCCUUAAAACGCUCCCACUCUCUCGGAGAUCUGCAGAACUAUGAGCGGAAGGAUCUAGGGGUGGAGCUAAAACUUGCAAAGGAAGGACCCAAAUCCGGCAACAGUAGCCCAAACAGAGUCUUCAGAGAGGAGGCUUCUCAAAACCAGAAUGGGACUCCAACACUGAGCCCGAAAAGAAGGGCAGAUCGACCACCCGUCCCCUCCCAGCUGCCUCUUCGCCCCCCUUGUGCCGCUACCCAGUCCCCAAAUCCAUCAGAGCUAUCCAGUCCUACUCCCAGUCCACCUGAGUCAAGCGGGGAGCGGGUCAUCCGGACUCAUCCAAAAAAGCCGCCCGUCCCUCCUCCUGUUCCUGCCAAGAAGUCUAAGGAAAGACUAGCCAACGGCCUGCGCCACCCCCCUCCUCUCUCCCUGCCUUCUUCACCGUCUCCCACCCCCUCACCCACCCAUUCUUUCACCAGGUCUCACCCUAGCAGCCCCAUAAUCCGUAGUAGCAGCAGCAGCAGCCCCAGCCACAGUCCCAGUGCCCCUGCUCUGCCCGCCAAGACCCUGAGCAACCCUGCCAGCCCCUGUACCACCACCUCCUCUGCCUCAUCCAUGGGCGAGGACUUAGGCAGUCCUCCGGCUGUGCAGCCUCCGUGGAUGUCAGAUUUUGGGGGUAAGGUGGCAGUUUCAAGGAAGGCUUCUCACACCAAAAUGGUCCCCGACCUGCUGACCCUUCUGGAACAACGGCUGGAGGCCGAGGGCAUUGAUUUGACGGAGGAGCCCUACUCUGACAAGCACGGCCGGUGUGGAAUCCCGCAGCCGCUGGUGCAGCGUUACUCUGAGGAUCUGGAGCAGCCUGUCAAGGACGUGGCCUCGAACAUGGACCAGCUCCGAGUCAGAGAACUUCGUAAACAACACCGCAUGGCUAUUCCAUCUGGAGGUCUAACAGAGAUGUGCCGUAAACCUCUGCCUUCAGGUAACAUCCGCACAGUCUCUGAUUGGCUCAUCUCCAUCGGCCUGCCCAUGUACACAAGCUCUCUGACGGCAGCAGGAAUCGACACGCUGAGUCAUGUGGCCUUGUUAACGGAGAGGAGUGUGUGGGAGGCCGGGGUCCGGGAUGAGAGACACGCCCACCGACUUGUCAGUGAGGCACGAUUGGUCAGCUCACACAGAGAGGUGCAGUCCUAAGUGUGUGGGCAGAGUCACUUAAAAAAAACAGGUAUCAAGUCACUGGUCAGUGCCAUCUCAUUUAAACAUGGUUAGUAGGCGAAAGAAAGGCAAAUUGGCAACAAGACUUGAUUAUCACGCGACUGACCACAGCACUACAUUACUUCCUGUCUCGCACGUGUCCGAUGACUCAAAGCGAGCUAACCCUAAUCUCCAAUUUUCUCUCUUCAUCACUUUUCUCAAAUGUUUACACCAUUGAAGGGUUUUUUCUCCUGAGAGCCAAGACAGGAUGUCUGAUUAUUGCCUUUUCAAGAUAAAAGACUCACUGUGUGGGAUGGCUUCCACUCUUGAGGACACCCCCGAAAGUCUUAUAAUAAAGACUUGGAUUUGCCUUGAAGGAACAUUGCACACUCUUUUUGUAGGAUGGAUGUUUUUUAAGAUACAGAAAAAGGUGGUUUACUUCCUGCAUAUUUCAUAAGUGCUUCAUUUCCAAGUGUUUUGUGGCAUGGGGCCACAUUUUUCUGAGGGUCUUUUUAAGGAAGUAGCUCAGCCAGGGUAAGUGAUUUACUCCUCACUCAACGCGUCAUUCCAGGAAUUCAGCAAACUUCAUAUCUGGACUUUUAACCAACUAAAUACAUACACAAACUUUUAAGUUACAGGUCAUUUUGAGAAGGUAUGUUUUGUAUAAUUUUCUGUAUUAUAGGAUAAUGCAUAUCUUGAUUUUAAAAUGAUUUAUAUGCUAAAAUUUGUUUGUCUUUUGAAUGUUGCAGCCUUAUGUUGAGACAAGCUCUUGGUCAUUGCUAAGCUGAAACAGCUCACAUCACACUUUUAUAUUUCCAGUAUACUUAAUGUCCGCUUCUACUUUCUGUAUUUUGGAUGCACAGAAAGCGCUUUUACUUCAGUAAUCAAUAUCCCAUUUUACAGCAACAAUACAUUCCCUGUGUAUACAAGCACAUAUUGCGUUGCCUUACCAUUAUUAAAUACAACAUAUGUAUAGUUUUGACUAUUGCAUGACUGAGGUUAAACUGUGCAAACUGUGCAAGCCUUUUCAUUCUGAAUGUGUCUGAGAAAUAAUUUUGUGAUUUUACGACCUCACACACUCCACCGGAUAAUUUCAGUGAUGCACAUUUCUGUGGAACCGCAAAACAUUCCUCUGAUGGAAUCGUGUUUUCUAUACUUUGCGAAGCCACAAACCCGACAUUGACGUCGCCCCAUUAACAUUCCUCUAACAUCCCAAAGCUCACUGUACAUAGUCCAUGUUGUGGGACGAAGAGAAAAUAUUUCAACGACACAGCUGAUAUCUGCGCCGUCUUGUAUGGAAUUUAUUGGACUGUCUACAGUGCUGAGGAUUUAGUUUUAUAGCUGAUAAAAUGCUGUUUGGGACUUUUUUUUUAACAUAAUGUAUCCAUGAUCAAUGCUGGACUGGAAUUCUUAAUAGGAUUUUUGUUAAAGACGAGGGUAGAUGGUAAAAACGGUUAUAUCAGCAGAGCAGAUGACCUCAAAGGUCAGCGUACACAUUAUGACACGAAGUAGUCUCGCAAAUCAGGGAGAAUUAUGUAAGAACAGCUUGUUGUGAAAAAAGACUAUGGGAAAAUAAAUUAAACCGGAAAUUAAUUAUUUAGCAAACAUUAAAAAAUGUGCUUUUUUCUCCUUGAAUUUCUAACAGUAAAGUUUUGUUAGUUUCACCUUCAGAGAAUAAAAAAAGACAUGUUCCAAGGAUUUAACAAUUGAAAUUUGAGAAGGUGGUUCUAUUCUUUUAUUUUUUUAACUUAAGGGUUACUCUUUUUUUCUUUCUCUCUUGUUUUGAAUUUAAAACAUUUUCCAUGAUUUCAUUUGUAAUUAUUUGACCAAGUAUUAUUCCUGAAAUUUGCAGAUUUAGUUUAUUUCAAGGUGCAAAAAGUUUGAUGCCUUUUUAUUUUUCUUUCUUCAAUCAAAGUGGUGCUCUGAGAAAGCGAGUAGGGUGAGGGCCGGGUCUUUAAAAAAAAAAAAAAAAAAAAGAAGAAGCAAAAGACCCAACAAGUGUUUUGUAAAAAUGAAAAUACUGACACUGUAAAUGCACUUUAGAGGAGAAAACGAGCUGUUUUAUAACAGAAAAUUGGCUACAUUUUGUUCACAUGUCCGUAAAUGGACUCUUGUUGUCAGGUUUAAAGGGUUUAAAGUGGGCUAUGCUGGUGUUUUAUUUUAGUUCCCAUUGCCAAGUUUUCUAACCAUUCACGGGUUAACCUGCUCAACCUCUUCACUCCCGGCUUCUUUCUGCAUACUUACAAAAAAAAAAAGAAUUCUUAAUUACAUAUAUGAAAUGGUUAACAGAAGUUGCACAUUCUGUAUAUGUAAUUGAUAUUUAAAUAACUUAUUUUAGCUUUUUAUUUCUUAUCACCUGUAAUUAGCUGUACUAUAUGAAUAGCAAUACCUUCCUGCAUAAUGCAUAUUGCUUUAGCCAGUGAGGAACUACAGUAUGUAUUGUAAAAUAUCUGUACAAAUUAUUUUAUUUGGUUUUCAUCUACCUAAUGAUUGUCCAUACAGAUUUGCUUGUGUAUUGAAACAACAAAAAGUAAUGUCCAUAGCUAUUUGUCAUUCUGAAACAUAAUAAAAACUGUUUCUUGCCAUA